GGUAAAAAGUGUAGACAAAGAGCUCGGCAAAAAGUGCAACACAUCGGGAGGCAAGAACGGCAUCCCAGCCACGCAGCAGAAAGGCAGAGGUAGGGGCAGAGUCAGAGAGAGAGAGGCGGGAAAAACUAAGUGAAAUAUAGUAGAGGGGAGAGGCUGGCAAGCGGCGGCGGCAGACAUAAAGAAUGAAGAACAAAAAAACGUGAAUGCAGGCACAAAGGAAAACUUCUCGAAAAUUAUUUUAGUUGCCCGAGUCGUCGAGUGCAGUCGUGUGGAAGUUACGGAGAAACCAGAGCGAAAGACGGAGGACCGGGGAGCCCAGCGGGAAGAGGAAGGCGAAAGUGUGAAUACAUUUUUCAUAAUUAUCGGCCAAGGGGCAGUCAUUCCGGUAGUAUCCGGCGGGCUAAAGCAUUCUUCCGGCAGCGAUUUCCAUUGCAAUUUCAAUUUCCAAUCAAAUCGAAAUCCGAAAUUGCACAAUCCGUUCAGUCUGCUCUGCUGGUUAUAUAACUCGCAAUAUUGGCCAAGAUUGAAAGUUGAUUCUACGAACCUUCCAUACAACCAGCGAGCGUGGAAAAAUCCUUCUGCCAGACGCUCGUUGAAAAGCCGGCAAGCCACAAAUACAAAUAAUAUUUUUGCACGGGUGAAAUUUUGACAGGAAAACGAAAACAAGCAAGCAAAAAGAACAACGUUAAAAGUUUUCACAAGCAAAAGAGCAAACGAGAGAAUAGACAAGAGAAGAAGCGCCGCAAGCAAGAGCAAGCACAAAAAUUUAUAAAUAAAAUCAGCAGCACGAGGAAGAGAGUGGCAGCGACUGCGAAAAGUGUGAGAGAGAGAGAGAGACAGAGGGAAGAGAACAAAAGGAAGCAAUGCCAGAGCAACUGGGUCUCCAGUGGUCGACGCCGGAGACAAAGAAGAAUGCGCCCAUUAUCAAGAUGUCCUGCGGCAUCGGCGACACAGAUGCCUUUCCCGCCUUCGAUGUCGAUUCGGAUGCGUAUGCCUCCAAGGACGACACCAAAUGGGGUUUCCUGGUAACCGGCGGCGCCGAGUUUCACAUGCCGCUAACAGUCUUCCAGGUUACACCAGAUGGUCUGGCUGACAAGGCGGGCAUACGUCUGGGCGAUAUUAUACUCGAGAUAAACGAAGAGGACGUCACGCAGCUGACUCUGACCCAGGCACACGAGAAAAUCAACGCCUCGCCCAAGAAGAUACAUUUCCUGCUGCGCAACAUGGAGGAGGACGAUCAAAUGGGGCAGUUUGAGGCCGGCGAAGAGAAGUCGAUUGUGAUGCGAGUGCCAAAGCCGAUGCCGCCGCCCAGUGGACGCCUUCUGGCCAGUUCCAUUGAGAUGCGCCUGCUGGAGAUGCAGCGGAAGCUCUCGGCGAUUGCCGAAAUACCCAAAAUUCUGUCCUCCACCCUGGCCACGGUAUCUCAGAGCUUUGGCAGAAUGAGCGAGGAGGAGGCAAAGGCACAGGCCGCGGCCUAUAUACAACGAAAGUGCUCCUACGAUGAGGAUGCUCUUGACUACGAGCUGAGGGAUGGCGGAGACGAGGACGUGCUGGGUGACACUGACAUUGACACUGACACUCACAGUGUUGACAGUGAUGAGGAUGAUUUGGUACAGGUACAGGACGGUUUGAAGCAAUCAAAGCUGCUGAAGGAUGUCACCCCGGAAUCGGAUUAUGCAUCGGAAGCCAAUUACCCGGCAAAUGAGGGAAGCGAUGCCAGCGAUGACUCAGAGGCGGAAUCGGAGUCGGAUGAUGGGGGCGCGACUGGGAAUGCGGUGUUCUUUAUGAAGCUGCCUGCAGCAUUAGUCGAAGAUGCCACCUCCUAUCCCUCCAGCAGUUCCGAAACCGACGACGGCGGCGACUUUUUGAGCACCACUUACACAUGGAAUCUCCGCAACAUACCCACGCUGCGUAUCAAUGAUGAUGAGGCUGAAACCGAUGCCGAACUGACGCUGAGCCCGCAGCAGCAGCCGCUGCAGAAGGAAGAGCAGAAAUCUAUGGCAGACACUUCAAACGUGCGUCCUGCCACACCCACACCUCAGGCACCGCCACAGGAGUCGGCCGAGGGGCAGACACAAAAGUUGCUGUUUAAACUGGACAAGAUGGAGCGCUCUUGGCCCUGGGCAGACCGUGAGAGAAUCAUUUACAAGCAAUCCACAUGCCAUUUGGUCCCUCGCAAGCCGCUGGGACUGGUCGGACAGCGAAUGCAACUGCUCCUCAAGGCGAAGAAGCAGUAGUCCAGCUUUGAAACAGAUCCCGACUUAAAUAUAAGUUCAAAAGGCGGAGAGAUUGGUGCAGAGGAGAAGGGAGGCAACCAACUUUUAAUUGAGUUCAUUAUGCAACAACAACAGCAGCCCUGACUCUGGCAGCAGGCAGCACACUUCAAUUAACAGCCACUCACACACACCAGGGCGUAUGUGCAACAACUGUAUGCAAACUUAUUCGCUCCUGCCACAUACUGCCUGCCGCCCUGUCGAUUUAGUAAUUAAAGUGCACUCCCUGAUGCCAAAAAAUCACUGCCAAGCACAAGCGAAGUUGAA